AUGGAUCUUCGAGAGAAGCUAAGAGCAAAGAGGAACAUUAAAGGACUGGUUCACCUUUCACAGUUGAAUCUGAAACAGAAUCAAGGAGUUGAGUUUGGCACUGACUUCCAGUUUCUGUGUGCUCUACGUGUACUUCUGUGUACUCUAGAGGUGCCAUGGCAACCAGAGAGUUUGAGGACAUUGAAACAAGGAGAUGCCUUCAUUGCCUCCAGUGAUGUCAACGUCACAAGGGAAGAGACAACUGGUGGCGAUACUGCUGUGAAACUUUUCAUUGUGUUGGACACAAACAUUUUUUUGGACCCAUGCUUCUCUUUGGAUGACCUUGUUGACAGUAGCUUUGUUGAUUUUGGUGCUGCACAUAUUGUGAUUCCCUGGAAGGUACUUGAGGAAUUGGAUUGCCUCAAGAGUGAUUUGAGCAUUGGAGAAAAAACUCAGAAGGCCCGGAAUGCUAUUGCACAGAUUAAUCAAUAUCUGAGAAGCUGUCAUCCACGAGUUGUGGGUCAGACAAAGGAGAAAGGACACAGUGCAAACUUCUUCAGACCACAGAGCAGCUUUGAUGACUCCAUCCUUCAGAGCUGCCUCUCUGUUUUGAAGGAAAACCAGCCAUGUGCUGUGAUUCUCUUGUCCAAUGAUGUGAAUCUAGGAAACAAAGCUAUGUUCCAUGGGAUUGCUUCUGUUCAAUUGGUAGACUUGAAGAGCAACCUGAUCACUUCGGAUCAAGGGACCAGAUUCACUUCUCCACUUUCCUGCCAGCAGGAGCCCAGAACUUCACCUCAAAUGGAUCAAAAUCCUGCCUGUCCAGAUCCAGAGCAGAGUAUCAAGUACCUUGUUGAACUCAAGAAGGUUCUCACCAGGGAUCUGUCUUUUGCUUUGUUGGAGAAGAUGGAGUCAGCAGUUAGUGCAAUAUCGGAAGGUACACAAGGUGAUCGUGUGAUAUCUCCCAAAGGAGGCCUUCCAACUUAUGGUCAGACUAUUGAUAUGGAACUGAUGGCAAUGCCAGAUCCUCUUCAGUGUGAAGAAGAUAAUGACAUUGAUCCUGUGAAUUUGCCUCAAGAGGUGUCCACCUCACAUACCAUUGUGAAUGCUGUGUUGGGUGCUCUGCGUCUCAUUUCCUACAAUGUCAAAGUUUUCACGUUCCUGAGGAAUGUAUCUGAAGCUUCAUCUGAAGGCCUUGCAAUUGCUUUGAAUUGCUUUUUUUUCCAACUUGGACUGGAAGAAGAAGCCGCUGGGAGGAUUAAUCUCAAGCCCUGUCAAGUCUUCCAAUAUGGCCAACAUAUUGAGACUCUGGAGAUGCUAGAGCCUGAGUUGUGGACCUUGAAGGACUGCCAAGCAAAACUUGGAGAUCUGCUUGGAGAAGUAUGAUAUGCCAAUUCUUGUGUGAUACAACCCACCAACCCUGUCUCCAGUCAACCCUAUUUUUUUCUGAAGUGACUGACUUUCUUUGGCUUUUGUGUCCAAUAUAUAGUAAAUCUACUAAAUGAUGCCCAGGGGUGUCCACAUGGUUCCAUCAACUGC